AACAAAACCACGCCCUUUGCUGACUCAGUUUUCAUCUUAUCUUUCUUGAAUUUAUCUCUGCAACCAGAAAUGUCAAGCACAAGCCAGAAGCACAGAAACUUUGUUGGAGAGCCCAUGGGUCAAAAGCCAGUGACUGAAUUGGCAGGUAUAGGAGAGGCUUUAGGUGGGAGACUAGCUGCUAAGGGUUUUGAUAAGGCAUAUGUAGUCCUGGGCCAAUUCUUACUGCUUAAAAUGAAUGAGGAGCUGUUCAAGGAAUGGCUGAAUGCUGAAUGUGGAGCUAACUCCAAACAACAGAGCGACUGUUACAAUUGUCUGAGGGAUUGGUGUGAUGCCUUCCUUUAAAAGAACCUCAUUAGUUUAUUAUUAACUAUAUACCCUACCAUGAUUACCCUGAUUUUGUUGCAUUUGACACGCAUUCCUUAGAUUAUAUUUAGUCCAUGCUUAGAUGUAUUGAUUUAGCCAUUUUAUAUGCCAAUACUAUAAUACAUAAUUAGUCUUAUAAACAACUCUUAAUUA